GGUUUCUGUGCAGCUUUUGACUAUCAAAUUUUUAAGGCGCGAGCUAUGGCUAUAUAUGAUCUCACUCAGCAGCACUUAGCGGAACUGCCACAUUAUCAAAGUGUCCUAACGUUUUUAAUUUUUAUUGUUCAUGGAAAUGAUUGGAACUCUGUUUCUAAGACGCGAACUUUUAUUGGUCUUGGCACCAGCAAACUUUCAGAUGCUGAGCGUAUGAGGUUGCGUAUGCGUAUUGAAGCACGUAAUAAAAUAACUAAAAGUGCUAACCGAGUUGUGCUGAUUGCAUUUUGUUUGAAUUUUUGUGAUGUGAUUGGCAAGUUUGCAGCUGCAUAUUUGACUGGCUCUAAAAGUCUUUUUGCGGAGGGUAUACACAGCACAAUGGAUACUGUAAAUCAGUUAAUUUUAUUAAUGGGUAUUCGAUUCUCUCAAAAAAAUCCGGACCUUAAUUUUCCUUACGGGUAUGGAAAUAUGCGUUAUGUAGCGUCAUUAAUUAGUGGUUGUGGAAUCUUGUCAUUUGGUUGUGGUUUAUCUGUGUAUCAUGGUAUAAGUGGUCUAUUACAUUCUGUUGAACUCGUGCCGUUAACAUAUGCCUAUUAUGCGUUGAGCAUGUCAUUUGUUUUUCAAGGUUGUUCAGCUUCAAUAGCCUUCAGAGAAGUUCGUAGAAAAGCUGCACUGGCAAAAAUGUCGAUCUUCAAUUAUGUUAGAACUAGUGGUGAUCCAAGUUUAAAUGUGGUUUUGUUGGAAGAUACGGCGUCAGUUACGGGUGUGGCUAUCGCUUUUACAGCAGUUUCUUUAAGCUCAUUUCUGAACUCAUGCAUUCCUGAUUGCAUUGGGUCAAUUAUGAUUGGCUGUCUUUUGGGAACUGUUGCGAGUUUCAUCAUUAGAAAUAAUGCAGCACAUCUCGUUGGUCGUUCAUUGCCCAAACGCAUUACAGAUGACAUAAUUUGUCGUCUUGAAAAUGACCCUAUGAUAAGAUCUGUGCAUGACGUUAAAGCUACGGCUCUUGGUGUGGAACAGUCACGUUUUAAGGCCGAGUUGAACUUUGACGGGCGUGCCAUUACAGACAAGGCUGUAAGUGACGAAGAUAGUUUGCGAGCGUUUAUGACUGAGCACGGAGAGAAAAUAAUCGACAAAUUGGGUGAAGAAGUCGACAGAAUUGAAGCAGAAAUAACAACAAAACAUCCAGAUAUCAUUCAUGUUGAUCUAGAGGCUUUGUAA